AGAAGAAUGUACAGGAAACGAGCGGCAACCGGAGAAGAAACUCCUCAUGAAAUGAAUGAGAUAAAUGUGUUAACUGAUAAAUAGUUUACUUUUUAUUCAAACACGUUUGUUUAUAGAUCACUGAAGGCUACUGUUCAGAGUGAUAAUGUCUGGGAUACCUCCGGACACAUGGCAGCCGCCAACAUUGGCUCUGGACACGACGAUGGGGACGAUUGUGGUGGAGCUGUACUGGAGACAUGCACCAAAGACCUGCAAGAACUUUGCAGAGCUGGCCAGAAGAGGCUACUACAACAACACAAAGUUUCACAGAGUAAUCAAAGAUUUCAUGGUGCAGGGAGGAGACCCCACAGGAACAGGUCGCGGUGGCGCCUCCAUAUUCGGUAAACAGUUUGAAGAUGAGCUGAACCCAGAACUGAAAUUCACAGGUGCUGGUAUUCUGGCGAUGGCCAACGCAGGACCGGACACAAACGGCAGCCAGUUCUUCCUCACUCUCGGACCCACCCAGUGGUUAGAUGGAAAGCACAGUAUUUUUGGGAGAGUAUAUCAGGGGAUAGGAGUGCUGAACCGCAUUGGGAUGGUAGAGACGAACCCUCAAGAUCGGCCAGUCGAUGAUAUCAAAAUCAUCAGAACUAAUGUAGCCAGUUAAACAAAUACUGAUUUUUUUACACUGAUUUUUUUUCUAAAUAAAUGUUUGUUAAAUGUUUCAAUGCUGUGUGACUUAAUUGUAUAAGGCUGGCCUUCCAGGGUUACUACACAGUCUGAAAGAAUAUUGAAUUUGAUUUGAAUCAUUUCCAGAUCUGGAUAAGUGUGAAAAAGAGAGUAUGGAAAAACGUGUGUUGCCAGACCAUUGCCUCUUUUGUCUUUUUUACAUAUAAAAGAUUCAAUGAAUCGA